ACAGAAUCGCACCACAGAUGAGUGGUUAUAACGGGUCAAAUUCAAGUGCUUAUCGGUCUAAGUACUUGGCGGGCCUUCGAGAAAACUCUCUUCGUUCCUCUUCCUGCGAUCACGAAUGAUAUUCUUUCUUAGUCCUGAACAUUGCACAUUGCAAUGAAAUUGACAAGUCAUUAUCACUUACUCUUUCGAUUAUGCAAUGAGGUUAAAUAACGAACCUAUUUACAGUUUAUAUAUGUUCAUAAUAUAAGUUGUCGUUAUAAUUCGUGGGUAUCAAUUUACUUAUGACGAUUAUGAUGAGAUUAAUUGCAUUAAUGUGGUGGUAUUCUCCAAAUUUCCUAUACACAGUAUGAACCAUGCUGACAUCAACUUUUACACAUAUAAGUUUUACUAAAGCAGUUUUAAUCUAAUUUGCCAAGGAAUGUACAUAUAAAUAUUCAAUUAAUAAUUUUGAUGUCCUACUGGAGAAGAUAACAAGCCAUUUUACUUAAUUUGAACAGUUAUACUGACUUCAAAAAUGACUCGACAUACUACAAAUAAUCCUCUGAAAGAAGCUAUCAUUCAAAUCGGAGCGGGAGGAUCAGCAGGUUUCAUUGAAGUUUGCAUAAUGCAUCCAAUGGAUCUUGUUAAGACUCGUUUCCAACUUCAAGUAAAAACAACAAAAUUAGAUCCAUCAUAUUAUACAGGCAUUUAUGAUUGUAUGAAUAAAAUGUAUAAGACUGAAGGAUUACCAGCAUUUUGGAAGGGAAUACUACCUCCAAUAAUUGUAGAAACUCCUAAACGCGCUGUCAAAUUUUUUACAUUCGAGCAAUAUAAACAGUUCUUCUUAUUUGGCGCUAGUGCACCUACUCCAUUGACAUUUUCAUGCGCUGGUUUUUUCGCCGGUGUGACAGAAGCUAUAUUAGUCAAUCCUUUCGAGGUUGUCAAAAUAAAACUACAGUCUAAUCGAAAACAUAUAAAAGAAAGUCCUUCAACAUUUGCAGUAACAAGAGAAAUUGUGUCAAAGUAUGGUUUUGGUUCAAAUGGUUUGAACAAAGGGUUGUCAGCCACCAUAAUGAGAAAUGCAGUGUUCAAUUCAUUCUAUUUCGGGUUUUAUCAUUCUGUCAAAGAAUAUAUACCAACCAGAAAAGAACCUUGGUUGGAAUUUUUAACUAAAGUUACUAUUGGAUUUGUCUCAGGUACUGUUGCUUCAUGUUUGAACAUACCAUUUGAUGUUGCCAAAAGUCGCAUUCAAGGUUCACAGGAUAAUACACAGUACAGAGGAACAUUGAACACUAUGUGUACUGUUUACAAGACAGAAGGAUUCAGAGCCUUGUAUAAAGGUUUAUUGCCAAAAGUGCUGAGACUAGGCCCAGGUGGUGCUAUUAUGCUUGUCGUAUAUGACUACAUGCAUGCAUAUCUUACCAGAAAAUUCAAAGAAUAACUUUUAUAUUGCAUUUGAAACAGCUUAAGGUAAUUAUAAGGAUAAGUUACUCUUCAAAAAAUAUAUUUCCUAUAUAUACUAUAUAUAUA